AUGAUACGUCUCCGACUCCCCAUUUUACUGCUAUUUUUGUUAAUUAUUUUCACCGGAGUAUUGCCAGCCCCGCAACAGGAUCCCGGUUCUAAUAUCGGGACCACCUCGGACUCAUUUAGCCUCCUGGCUGUCAAUCCUCUUUUACCGCCUGCCAGAUUGAAAGUGUAUAGGGGGCAAUGGACACCACUUCUACGGCAACAUCUUCCGAUCACCAAACGAGUCCUCCGAAAUGGACGCCAUGUAUGUCGCAUUGAGAUGGAGGAAUUGGCGCCCAUCUUCUCCGUGGUUGGACAUCUUGAACCCAAAAAAUUCGACUGUUCCUUCAGGGAUGGAGAAGUGCGCUACUACCAUGAAGGCAAUCCGCUACUAAACAUGGACACAGUUCGAGUAACAAUCUUCUUCUUUCGCAACAACCACUCCAUCAUCCAGACUGCGGACAUCCCCGUGGAUAUAAUGGAUUUGCCUGAAAAAGGUGGUGAAAUGGAUCAAACAUUUCCACGACCCAGAAUUCACGGUCCUCUUGAACUUAACGUGAAGAGUAUUAAGGCUGCCAGUCAGGCAAUCAGCGCGUCCGUUUUAAAAAUUGACUACAAUCCAGAAGAAGAGGAGUGUUGCCUCUCCUUCACACGACCCGACAUACUAUCUCCGGGCGAACAACGGCGAAAGCAAAACCAACUGGAAUCUCAGAUCGGACGUCCUCUGGUGACACCUUGGUGGGAGGCGAACUGGGGCCUGUGGACACCGCGUCUUGGGCGUCCCUCAGCCAGCGGACCUGCUAUUGGGGCUAGUCGAAGGUGGCCCCUGUUUGGCCACAUUAUCGCCGCAGCCUUCAACAGAACCGCUGUCGAUCAUUUUGAGCAUGAGUGUCAUGAGGCUUUGCUCAAGGGAUAUAGAUACCUGCAUCGAAAGUCGGAUAGUUCCGAAGCCGAUUACAUCCCUCUACAGGUGAAUAUUUGGAGGAAAGUACCCGAUGGUGGUCGCGAGUUUGUGACACGCGAAGCUCGGUACCUCCGGGUCAGUAUUGCUGGGGCGCGCAAGCUUGAACCCCCAGUGAUUCGUAUUUUUAGGCAGGUGAAUUUGACCCACAUCGGUGGCAGCUUCUCCGUUUUGCCGAAGGACUGCAUCCACGUAGUGAAUCCAGACUUGGAAGACCUAUUAGAGGUGAAUGUGACCAAGGUUCAAGGUCCACUCUACGCUCAGCUAGUCAAUUUGCGCGAUCCCACCCGACCUGUGUUGAGCUUUCGCAUCGCCGAGCUACGCAAGGGCCUCAUUGCCCUCCAGCUCCUCAAUUACGCUGAGAUGAUUGAAAAGAUAUUUACCCUCACUCUGGUGGCAAUCGACCCCUUCAUGCAAGUUAGCGAGCCGGUCAAUCUAAGAUUGGUUAGUCGUCUGCAGCCGGUCUUUCCCACUCGCCUGCUGGGCUCCUCCAUGGGACACAAGCCAUUCGUUUUUCAGGUCUUCUCCCUUCCCCUCUUCUCCUACACUGGAGCGCUGAGCAUCGUGCAAAGGUACAACCUGCAGGUCGUGGGCUACAUAGACGAGUCGAUGGUACGUUUUCAAGUCCUACCGAACAGGGAAGAAGAGGAGUACUUUAAACUCUUUAACACCACGGGUAUGGGUGGAGGUCACCUUCAACUGUUGGGCAUGCCAUUGGUGGAUGGAGGCGCCACUACCCCCACCACCUCCGCCUCUACUGCAUCCUGGACGCUCAACGAGAUUGCAGGUCAGCAGCUGCUCUACGCUCAUCCUGGCAGCCUGCACCCCACGGUAGAUCGGUUUCGCCUGCACCCUAUGCUUGACAUUCAGCGUGCCGGCUACCACCAAUGGAUGAGGGUUGCGAGGCAGCGCAUACGCCGAAAUGCUGGCGUAUCUGAGUCGGAGUUGGAACUACCUGUUCGUGUUGUGAGGCUCUAUGAGAAUGCCCGAGAGAGCGCCUUGAAAAAGGAUAUCACAAUCAAUCUGCAUCACGGCGCCGCCCACUGCUUUACCUCCGAGGAGCUCAUCACACCAUCAGCUCUCGAGGCAGUCCGUUCCGAUUUCAUAGAUUUGAAAUUUCACGUGAAGUUUCACCCCUCGCAGGGUCGUCUGAUGCGGCGCUCUAUGCUACUCCGUUUCGCCUUUAACAACUCAACACAACAGCGGCGUCGGAAACCACUUAUUAGCCUCACUAAAGAAGGAGUGGAGGCAGUUGAUGGUGAUGGAGGUGUCGGUACUGCUGACGCAAAGGGGAUAUCGCAGAUAAGUGUUAUCAGUAUGAUUGAUCUUGAGGCUGAAGAGAUCUGUUACCUCGGUCUAAGGCGUGACUCGAGGGCGGAUAUGUUUGGGUUGCAGCAGACUGGACAAAACAACUUUCCAACUGUGGCUGUGAACAUAAAUAUCCUUCCAAAACCGAAGUACCAGCUGAUUCGCCGCACUGACCCUAAUCAGGAGCCACUGGAGGUGGCCGAGAGCGUCAAUUUUGCUGUCCUUGAAUCCACCAAUCUAUGCUACGUGGUUCGACCUACGCGACAGUGGCUGCGCUCCUCUGCCCACAACCUCAUUCCAUUGAUGCCCAACACUACAGGCGUACUCUACAGCCUCACUUCCCAGCCUCGAUUCCUUAUAACACCGUCAGCAGCGACGCUUGAGAGUAGUACAUCAGCAGUGUCAGGGCAGCACGGAGCUGCUGACGCAGGUCGCUUGGUCUCGCUGGCGACGAUGAGCGCCUCGCAAAUGGAAGGGGAUAUGGCUCUUCGACCAGGCCUCACUAAUCUGCUUCGCGAACUAGAGCCCACAGGUUUAAGCCACUUCACGCAGGCACAAAUAGAUGCUGGAGAUAUUGUCUAUGUGCCUCCGGUGAAGGAUCUCGGACCUAGUUUAUUGAAAUCACUUGAGGUGCACAGGGACGGCGAGUUAAUGAUCGACAAUAGUGUUUUGUAUCUUUCCGAUGAGGAUACUUACUUCGAUCGUCUAGCUCUACGAGUCACAAGGGCGCCAAAACAUGGAAACCUCUUUCAGAUGAUGCAGCAUCCAAUGUUCAAUAACACUAAUGCAAACUAUAAAACUACUGCUACAACUGCACCGCUUGCUAACCGUCGAAAGAUUUCCGAGGGAGAAGAAAUUCCUGCUGGUCUUAUGAGAGCCGGUAAACUCAGUUACAAGCAAGACGGUUCUAAUGUAAAGGAAGACAGCUUCAAUCUGACUGCUACAGACGGUCGCCAAGACUCCGAAGUUGUCAAUCUCAAAGUCGCUAUUCGACCUCGAGUGCUCCUUGAACCAGUGUGGAACUUACUAGUGAAUAACAGCAUUAUUGUUGAGGAGAACUCCACAGUUAUGCUCCAUCCGUCUGUCUUUCCUCCCCUAACAUUGCCAGCAAUGCGUGGUCCUCGAUUUUUUGUGGUUGUGCCACCGACAAAGGGCAAACUGCUGCUAGACAAGAAACGAAAAACCGCCCAAUUUUCCACUAGUGAUGUUGCUAACAGUCGUAUUUCUUAUCGUCACGGACCUGCAGAGAUUGGAACCGAGGAUAAGGUGGAUUUGGUGAGGGUUUGGGACUUUAAAACGGGAAAGAUAUUUUCGCUGAACUUUACCCUUUUACCCGUUAAUAGUCAACCACCUACUAUCACGGCAUUGGCACCGCUACAGGUAAAUGAAGGUAGUGCAGUCGUUCUCAGCCAUCAGAUCAUCUCAGUGCGUGACCCUGAUACAGUGGAUUCGCAAAUUAAAGUGAAAUUGGUCACCCAUCCCAAAUGGGGUCAUUUAGAACUACGUCCUGAGAAUAAUACUUCCAUCGGUUCGACGGAAUUUGCAUUCACAGGUAGAGAUCUCAUCACCGGUCGUGUGUUCUACGCAAAUUCUCGUCACCAAGAUGGUCUUGAGUCCGUCUCUGACAUCUUCUCCCUCCGAGCCUACGAUGAAAUGUUCCCCUCCCGUGAAUCAACACCCAUUCAUGUGUCUAUCCACCCUGUAAACGACGAAGUACCUUCCGUGAGAUUGGUGGAGUACUUUGCAGUUCCGCUUAACGGUCGCCGCGUCCUCACACCUUAUCUCUUCACCAUAAGUGAUCGUGAUGUACCAAGAGACAUCCUCCAAAUCUCCUUCCCUCGAUUACCGCGUUUUGGUCACCUAACCGUCCACUGGCAGCACGGAGAGCAGUAUACCAUUACAGAGGCUUCUGCACCCAUUGCAGAAAGCUACUUGGGCAUGAUGAAUAUUGUGUACAUUCAGAAUGGUAGCGUGCAGCUUCCGGCAAGGGACAGCUUCACGGUUUCUGUCUCUGACGGUCUGCAUGUGGUCAAGAAGUCGGCGUACGUCCUCUUACGUCAGGAAAACCGAUAUGCGCCUGAGAUACGGGUGACAGAAGAAGGCGGAUUAGUGUUGGAAGGUCUAGCCUGGCGGCAAUUGACCUCAGUCCUGACUAUAUCGGACAUGGACACACCAGGGGAGGACUUGGUAAUCAUUGUGGUACGUGCACCAAAGUUGGGUCAAGUGGAGCGCUUGCAGCGCCAGGAUGUUACGGGGGUACCGGCGCAGGAGGACCUCAUUGAAGCUGCAAUGGAUCAAUACGAGGCGGAGGUGGACGGCGAGAAACGAAAUACAAGAAACCUAAAGGAAGGUGAUCGAUUUACCAGGAGACAACUGGACACCGGGCGUAUCUACUAUACGUAUACAGGAGAGUACACACAGGCCUAUGUCUACGACUUGAUAACCCUCUCAGUGUCUGACGGUCAAUUUGAGGCAGGCCCGGUUGACUUACCAAUACGGAUUAGGGCGACAAAAGGUCGAACCAACCCAAUGGUUCAGUCACAGUCUUCGCUUUAUGAACUACUUGAUAAAGGUCGAUUCGAUUCCGACACACUUUUAUCUGAUGCAGCCUCCGAGCUGUGGGAAACCAAGGAGCAAAAGACAGAGGAGCCUAGCAUAUUUCUGGACAAUUUCAAAGUUACUGUUGCAGAGAAGAUAGAAGUUGCAGCUGGUGAACGUCGAACUCUCACAGUAGAUGAACAUAUUCGUAUAGAACCGAUUGGGGUGGACGGUUCCCUCGAAAAUGUAAAGGAGACGCUUGCCACUGCCAAUUUUCAGCACCUUGAAUCAGAAAUGAGUCGUCGUGGAUGCAUCCUCUUGGCAAGAGCCAACACGAGUUCAAAUUACGCCUUGACGGAGUUCACUUAUAAGGAUGUUGUACACGGUCAGAUAAUGUUAAAUGCUGAGUCGUGUUUUGGAAAAUCACCACUGGAAGGAGCAAUCAGUCUGCUGUUGUCGAUUCCCCUACAAAAGCCUGUUUCUUUCACCAUUCCAAUUAGGAUAAUUGGUGAAGUGGACCAUUUUCCACGGCCAACAGUCGCCAUCGGUCAGCCCAUUUCGAUUAUUCCAGGUGCUGACAUACCACUCACGUUAACACAUCUGAAUCUCUUUUACACUGGUAUGGAUCCCACAAAGGUCUAUUUCUAUUCUUCCAAUGGUCGCUUUCACUGGAAACAUGACUGUAACGUCACUGCUAAGGUCUUCUCCUUCUUCAACAUCAUCCAUGAUGACAUAGUCUACCAUCACACAGCUGAUGCUACUGCACCCCGCCUUAUUCUCGUCAAUCUAAACCACCUCGAGGUCGAUUUCAACGCCAUCCAGAUCGAGCGCUUCAUUGAAUCGAUUAUCCCACUCACGGAGUCCAGUCCACUGCUACAGUACCUGCGUGCGGAUUCACCAGACCACAUCACUUCAGAGCCAAUCACUCUGCGCAUUACAACUGAUGACCUCUACACACAUGUGAUCAGCUCAGGUCGAAUUUUCAUCCGUGCACCCGGCCCAGAAGAACUGACACGCGUUCGAGCGGGAGAAAUGGGUUUCUUCCUUACUCCCAAGCAUCUUCUAGCUUCAGACGCCUCUGUAGUCUACUCACUGGAUACAAAGAUGCGGGACAAAUGGGUGAUCAUUGAUGUAAAGAGUGGUGAGGCGAUGAACCGGUUCACGCAGGAGGAUGUGAAUCGAUUGCGUCUGGCUCUAGUGGUGUUCUCACAUCCACUGCAGACAAAAAUCACCUCCUUUGGACGUCAAAAGACGAGAAUAGAGACGAGAGUUAAUGUGGGGUUGAGUCUUUUUGAGCCUAAAUCCCGUGCUACUGAGAACAUCACUCUUAGCGUAUACUGGGCCCAAGUCGGAUUCGACAGAAAGCGCUACCGCAUCUGUGUUAGCUCAGGAGUUCUUGCACUACCACUCGUUCGUCAUGGGGCGCUCGGACAUCACGUGGAAGUCUAUGUCGGUUUAAACGACACCACCGAUCUGAAAACUCUGGAUGUCGACAUUCUCUCUCCCAAAUUGGUCGUUUUUGAUGCAGGCACAAUAUUUGAACCGCUAUUUGUUGUUGUUAUUACCUUUCCAGACGAGGUUAUAAAGCAGGUCAGAAUGCGUGUUACUUUGAGUAGUGAGAUGUCAUCGGAGAAACAGUUCUUUACUGUCGCCGUUAAAGCCCCAUCAGGUGCCGUAUUGGAUGGAAAUAGCGAGGCCCAUAUUGUGAUGCUCGGCAAAAGGAAGUGUCGAAAUUCGCCCUACUUCACCGCGUUCAAUACUUCUAAUGGAGUCGGAACAGGAGACGAGGUAGGACACAGUCGUCGGGUGUCCCUUCACGAUUGGUUGGCCUCCAACGUCAUUCCUGACUCUAACGCACUCAACAAGGCCUACUUGAUAUCCAUGCAGCGACGCAAGCGUGCUCCUGCCUUUUCUUGCGACUCUAGUUGGACACUGUAUCAAAGUCGGUGCUACCGAUUCUUCCAUCACGAAAACCUAACAUGGUUGGAAGCACGCGAUCACUGUGAGAAUGAACGAGGGUACUUGGCUAGCGUUCCUGAUGCAAGCACUAGCACCUGGCUAAAAACUCUUCUUGGUUCCUACUCAAGCCGCCUCUGGAUCGGCCUCCACAAACCAGUGGCGAAUGGAGCCUGGCUGUGGCACAGCAUGGAGCAGACUAACUUUGUCAACUGGGAGUCGGGUUACCCCAAAAACCUGCGUGGUAAAUUGCCGCGCCAAACCAGUCAUCUGCGUCGUCGUCUCUUCCGUCGUCACCCAUCACCUCCCCUUAAAACAGCAGAACAUACGGUAUGGCGUAGCACCUCUGCCUAUGGUUACAGCCGCUCGCCUCGAUCGGCGUCCAAUGGAUGGCACCAGCGGGAGGCCCUGGGCCAGGAACUUGGUUUGCAAAGGUUGUGUGUCAAUCUAGACUCCGGACGUGGCAUGGUCUGGCGCAAUGCGGCAUGCGCUCCUGGCGUCUCUGCAGUUCUUCAUAGUCUAUUGCCGGUCUGCGCCGCAAAAUUUACGAGUUUGUUAGGAAAUGUCACCACACCUGUUCCAUAUACCAUUUUAACAGGUCUUGUGCACAUCAAUCUGGCACUUGGGUAG